CAAAAAGAUAAACUUUUAAUGAAGCAGCGGCAGAGUAAUCACGAAGUCAUAAAAUUUAAUACCCAAUAACAUACUAAUGAGUACAACAUGCUUGAAAUUUUAAUUUAUAUUCUAUUUGUUCGUAGAUUUAAUACUCAAAAAUGCAAAGCCCUAAGCAGGGAGAAGCAACAGUUUUAUCGGAGACUACAGGAUCAAAAACUCGAAAUCAAAUGCGACCCGUCAAAUUUGAUUAUGCAGACUCAUUUGCCUGCACAUAUAUAGUGUCUGUUUUUGCCGCUUCAAUAGCAGAAGUAGCCACAUAUCCACUGGAUCUCACGAAAACACGUUUACAAAUUCAAGGUGAAGCUGUUACUGAAACAAUGAAAAUACAAAAUGCCACAAUUCAACCAAAGAUGCAGUAUCGUGGCAUGCUGGCUACCGCAUUUGGCAUUAUAAAAGAAGAAGGUCCAUUGAAACUUUGGCAAGGAAUUACACCGGCGUUAUACAGACAUGUGGUUUAUAGCGGAGUUCGUAUAUGCAGUUACGAUUUCUUACGAAAAGAAUACGGGCAAACGGAAAAUAGUAAUAAUAUAACUUUGCCUUUAUGGAAAUCUGCGAUUUGUGGCGUUUUAGCUGGUGCAAUAGCUCAGUGGCUUGCCUCACCUGCAGACUUAGUAAAAGUGCAGAUUCAAAUGGAAGGUAAACGUCGUAUAAUGGGUGCACCACCUAGAGUUCUUAGUGUUGCACACGCAUUUCGACAAAUUGUGCAUCAAGGCGGUCUAAAAAGUCUUUGGAAAGGCAGUAUACCUAAUGUGCAAAGAGCUGCAUUAGUGAAUCUAGGUGACUUAACUACAUAUGAUACAAUUAAGCAUUCAAUAAUGCAUAAAUUAAAUAUGCCAGAUUGUCACACUGUGCAUGUGUUGGCAUCAAUAUGUGCUGGCUUUGUUGCAGCUACUAUGGGCACACCAGCCGAUGUAGUAAAAACUAGAAUAAUGAACCAAUCCACAGAUGAUAAAGGAAGAUGGAGAAAAACGCAGCAUCACCAGGUGAAAGUAAACCCAAGAGUAACAGUCUCCAAACUAACUGAAGUUAUUGACGAAAAAUAUAAUAUGACUCAAUACUGUACGGAAAAUUUUGAAGAAGAGGAAGCAUUAUAGCCGGGUUGCAAGAAAGAUGCCAUACAUAUCCAGAAGUAAAAUAACAAUUAAUGAUGAACGAUCAAUAUUUGUAAAAAAGCAUGUAGAAAAAUCUAUGGAGUUCUGAAAAAGAGUUAUUUACUCCAAUGAGAAUUAAUUCUACGUAUUUGAAAUUAAAGAUAGAAAACUAGUGUAGAGGAAAUCAUGUACAGCCUAUGAUAAACAAAACUAAUUUCAACGGAGAAACAUGAUGGUGGAAGCGUAAUUGUUUGGGGUGUAUUUCAAGUAAUGGUGCUGGUAAACUUGAUUUUAUACAAAAUACAAGGACAAAUUCGGAUAUCUAAGUAUUCUAAAAACAAAUUUGAAGUAAAGUUUUAGAAUAUAAGGGCUUGAGGCUGCUGUAACAUGCUUUCUGCAACUUCGAACACCACCACACUCACAAGACUUUAAUCCCAUAGAACAUCUGUGGGUUUAUUUGGAAAAGAAGAUUCGCUAGUACUCGAUUUCCAGUAAGGAUAUUUUAAAAAAUGUCAUUAAGGGAGAAUGGCAAAAAAUAAACGAACAGGAUACUGCAAAGCUGGUUGAGUUUAUUCACAUACGUUUUCAGAGGUUUUCCUACAGAUUUUUGGGUUUAUAAAAAUUUGAAUUGUUCUAAUUGAAAUAUUAAGAAGUGAAC